AUGAAAGCCAUUCAUAGUCGAGAAAAUCACAGCUCUAUAACUGAAUUUGUCCUCCUGGGCUUCUCUAGAAAUCCCAGAACCAACUGGAUUCUUUUCUUCAUCUUCCUCUUCCUUUACUUAUUUACAGUCCUAGGCAAUGGGCUCAUUGUCACCCUGAUCAGAGUAGAUGCUCGCCUCCACACUCCCAUGUACUUCUUCCUCAGCAUUCUCUCUCUACUGGACCUCAGCUAUGCCACCACCACUGUGCCCCAGAUGCUGGUUCAUCUAGCAAGCAAAAAUAAGACCAUUUCUUAUGUUGGGUGUGUGGUCCAGAUGUAUGUUUUCCUGACCUUAGGUAUCACUGAGACCUGGAUUUUUGCAGCCAUGGCCUAUGACAGAUAUGUUGCCAUAUGUCAUCCACUCCAUUAUGGGGUCCAGAUGAGCCAAGGCUUGUGUGUACUCCUAGCAGUCAGCUCAGCACUUUGUGGUCUUGCCUGUGCCCUUGUUUAUACAGUCUUUGCAAUGAAACUGCCCUAUUGUGGCCCCAAUGAGAUCAACCACUUCUUCUGUGAGAUUCCUGCAGUUUUGAAGUUGGCCUGUGCAGACACAUCCCUCAAUGACCAAGUGGACUUUAUCUUGGGUUUCAUCUUGCUUCUGAUUCCAUUAUCUCUCAUCCUGGCCUCAUAUGUCCGCAUCUUUGUGGCUAUUCUAAAGAUUCGUUCCACCCAAGGACGAAUCAAGGCCUUCUCCACCUGUGCCUCACACAUCACUGUGGUCACCAUGUUCUGUAUCCCAUGCAUGAUCAUGUAUAUGAGGCCAGGCUCUGAAGCCUCCCCGGAAGAUGACAAGAAGUUAGCCCUGUUCUACAACGUAAUCUCCGCCUUUCUUAACCCCAUCAUCUAUAGCCUCCGGAACAAGGAUGUAAAGAGGGCUUUCCUUAAGUUCAUUGGAAUGAGUGAGGACACUGAAUAA